CUCCCCUGGGUGCUGCGCGGGGCCGUCGGGAGAGAGGCGGAGCGAGGGCGGUGCUCCCGCCGAGCUCCUGCCUCCAGCCGCGCCGCGCCGCGCCGCGUCGGCUGUAAAGGGCGGAGAGCGGUCCGCUGCUCCCCGCCAUGUCCAGGCACGUUUUCCUGACGGGACCCCCAGGGAUUGGAAAGACUACUUUGAUCCAGAAAGUCACUCAAGCACUAAAAUCCUCAGACGUUCCCAUUGAUGGAUUUUACACAGAGGAAGUUAAAGAAGGCGGCAGAAGAAGAGGAUUUGAUGUUGUCACUUUAUCUGGAAAACAAGGUCCUUUAUCUAGAGUUAGUUCUGAUUCUUCUACUUCAAGACGUGAAUGUCGUGUUGGACAAUAUGUUGUAGAUGUUGCUUCAUUUGAGCAGUUGGUUCUGCCUGUGCUGAGAAAUGUAAACCAGGGCGCUGAUGCAGAGAAAAAGAUUUGCGUCAUAGAUGAGAUUGGUAAAAUGGAACUCUUCAGCCGGGCUUUUAUUCAAGCUGUUCGUCAGAUGCUGGCUGGCUCUGGGACCGUGGUACUUGGAACUAUUCCAAUACCUAAGGGAAAGCCACUGGAUCUUGUUGAAGAAAUAAGAAGCAGGAGAGAUGUUGAAGUGUUCACUGUCAGUAAGGAAAACAGGAACAACAUCUUGCAGGACAUCUUGGCAGCUGUGGAGUCAUGCAGGCAAUGAAGACCUUUUCUUGCUUAUGCCCUGGUGCUGGGAGCUUACAGGAAAGAGAAGAGACACUCUGCAUUUGGUUAACAGUCUGGUUCUGACAUUGUCCCUCUUCAGAUGGGAGAAGGGUUAAAGGACACAGUGGCCCUGUUCCUUGACAGCUCCAUUACACAGCUAUUCUGGUCACAUUAAUUUGGAUAACAGUACAGCUUUCACGUCUGGGAAAAAGAGAAUUCAGAGAUCCCCUCCUUUAGGAAUAUGGAGCUCUGGCCUGCUUUUCACAAUAAAAAGCUGUGUCUUCAAGGUCUUCAUAAUCCCCUCAUUAGUACAGGCAUCUGACUGUUGUCAGACAAGAAGGAUGAAGGGCUCCAAAUUCUGCCUGUACAGGACUUGCAACAAGAAAUGGAACUGUUGUGAAUGAAAUAUGUCUAGCUCCUGCCCCAGCAUUUACCAUUCAUUGCCUUUGGUAGCAGUGGCUGCUGUUUCUGCUUUACUCUGUUAUUUACUGAACACAGUAUAAAGCUGGAGGCUCUUGGAAUAAAAAUCUACCCAGCCCAGAAUUUUUGAUGACAUAAAAUUAUUAAUUCUUUCAUGCCCUUGUUUAAUUUGCUGAACAAGGAGAGGAUACUGGCCACUGUGACUUUUAACAUACUGAUAUAUUCGAAAUGGAGUUACUGGAAGGGAACAAGAACCUCAUUCAGAAAGGAGAUGUUUAUGGAAGCCAUAAUCUAAAUUUAAUUUCUGAAAUGCAGGUAUCUAAACUAUGGAGCCUGGGAACUCCUGCAGUGGUUGCUUGGUGCUUUUUGUUGUCUGUUUGUUAAUUUUAAAUCCAAAGCAUUCUUAAGGCACCUUGUUAGAUAACUCAAGACAAAGCACUUUCUUAGGGCUGUGUGCCAUAGACUUUGGAGCAUAAGCCUCUCUGUUCUUACAUGCUGGACACCUGAUAAUUUCAGUGGAAUGAGUUAAGCUAUAAAGUACGCUGUAGAAUAAUAUUUCUUUCAAUGAUUAAAUAGUUACCAAGAUUCUCAGAAGUGUUAAAGAAGGUCUGACUUUUAAAUCUAAAAUGGAGAUAUUUGAUACUUAAGUAAAGGCUGGGAAGGGGAAUUUCUUCAGGAGUGAUGACAGCAGAGUUCAGAUUUCCAAACUGCAGUUCAGGCAGUAGUGUUAAGAGUUGCAUCACCUCGUGAUGUUUGUUCCUCAUAAGAGUAAGUAUAUUGCCCUGCUCACUGCAUUCCAUAAUGAGACUGGAAAAAAAAGAAUCUUCAGCUCUGCUAAGUUUUGAGCAGCGUGCUGAUGGGACCUUGUUUAGCGAGGGAAGUCAAUCACUGGAACAACUUACCCAAAAUGGAGGUGAAUUUUUCCUUCUCUGCUGUGAAUGAAACAUCAGCCUUUUAAACCAGAGGGUAUUUUUUGCUGCUGCCAUUAGUGGCUCUUACUUUUUGCUGCCUGGCUCUAGAUUGGUGAGUCGUUUUGUUUUGUUUUUUUGUUGUUGUUGCUGUUCUUUAAAUCCAUCUUCUGAGCUACACAGUGCUUUUAAAAGAAAUAAAGAGAAAUUUUGUGAUCUGUGUUCA